AUGGCCACGACACCUACCCAGGUGACGUGGCAGGAGAUGCAACGCAUGCUGACGUGUCUUCUGGAAGCAACCGAGGUAAUCCGAGUAGCCAAUAAUCGGAGGCAGCAGACCGCUGACCUGCUAGACGAGUCGAUCCACGUGUCGUCCGCUCAUUGGGCCCGUCACGAGGCUCUAGUCGCCGCGCACACGCGGGUCGCCGCCCGGCGCGCCGAGCUGGACAAACUACGUGCUGACGUGGCGGGAGCCCAGCGUGAGGUGGAGGACAAGCGCGCGGAUGUGGAGAGGCGGAGAGCGGAGCUCAAGGAGGCGAGACACUCGUUAAGAGCUGCUUCGACAAGAUUAGUGGAAGCGGACCGAUUUCUGUCACAGGAAGGUUCGAAGCAACAGCUGACAGUGAGAAGGCGGCUGGCCACUAGACGACGACGAAUGCUGGUCCAACUGGCGGGGAUCAUCCCGCUUUCCCCCUCCUCCCCCUCUCCCUCCUCCCCCUCCCCCUCCUCCGCCUCCCCCUCUUCCUCCUCCCCCUCCUCUCGUCCCUCGUCCUCCUCCGCUUCGGUUUCUCCUCGACCCCCCUCCUCCUCCUCUUCCUCCGCUUCCUCCUCCUCCACCGCCCGUCCCUCAUCCGCCUCGUCCCCCAUUCCCGCAACCGCAUUGAGACACGUGGCAAGCGCGGAUAGCAGCUGGGGGAGCGGGUGGGGCUUCUGGGGUAAAAGGGGAGGGGACGCGGGAGGGGCAGGGGCAGGGGCAGGGGCAGGGGCAGGGGCAGGGGCAAGACGAGGGGGAGGGGAGAGAGAUGAGGGAAAGAGUGUGAUUGAUAUUGGGGAGAGUGGGGACGAUAGGGGUAAGAUUGAGGAGGAUAUUGGAGAGAGUAAGAAGAAAGGGAGGGUAUUCAGUGAUGGUAUGCUGAUGGAUAGAGGGCGAAGAAACGAGGAGGCAGAGGGGGAAGGAAGGGAGGUUAAGAAUAUUACUGAUUUGCAUGUAACUGGAAACCCGACUGGAAAUUCAGAAGCUGUGGAGGAAACAGCUGGUUCAGGAGAGAGGAAAGGAAGGGAAGUGGGGGAGGGGAAGAAAAAGGAGACUGCAGGAACAAUAGUGGAUGUGACUAUAUUGGGGCUGCCGCUGAUAACAGCACCUCGGUUACAGUCACUGUUCAGUGGGGGAGGGGCAGGCAUGGACGAGGGCGCGAGGCAACGGCACGACGCUGCCUUGGGCUUGACUGCUCAGCUUGUAUGCUUCUGUGCGCGCUACCUCCACCUCCCCCUGCGCUACCCCAUUCUCCUCGCCGGCUCGCGUUGCCUCAUGGUGGACCGGCACCCCCCUGCCAGACUCGUCUCUUUCUGUGCGCGCUACCUGCACCUUCCCCUCCGCUACCCCAUUCUCCUUGCCGGCUCGCAUUGCCUCAUGGUGGACCAGCACCCCCCUGCCCGCGUGGAGGCGCAACUGAUGCACCUGCAGGGGGCAGGGGUGGGUGGUGGCACUGCCGGGAGAGGGGUAACAGCAAGGGGAGCAGGAGGGGUAGGGGGAGGAGGAGGUAGAGCGGGAGGAGGAGGGGGAGGGAGAGCUGGUUUCCCUCAGCAGAUUGAGCAGCAGCAGCAGCAGCAGCAGCAGCAGAAGCAGCGGCAGCAGCUGCUGUAUAGGUCUGCUAGUGACAUGAAUCUGCUGCCAAGGAAUGGGAGUAGGGGGAGCAAGGGGAGUGGCUGGGAGAAAGGGAGCGGACGGAGGGGAGGCAGCAGGAGCAACUCUCCUGAAAGGGAAGCUUUGGAAAGAGGAGGUUUGGAAAGAGGAGGUUUGGAAAGGGGAGGUUUGGAAAGAGGAGGUUUGGAAAGAAAAGCUUCGCCUGCAGGGGUGGUGGUGAGGGAUCGGAGAGGCGUGAAUGGGGCGAGUGGUCUGGGUGAUGAGGGGUGGGAGGCGGUUGUGAGGGGUGCCAGCCUGAGCAGCAGCAGCAGCAGUGGUGGUGUUGGGAAUGGUGCAACGGCAGGAGGAAUGGCAGGAGGAAUGGCAGCGGCAGGGGGAAUGGCAGGGCCGGUGGGUAUGGCAGGGGCGGGGGGAGUGGGAGGGGGGAUGGGAGGGGGAGUGGAAGGGGGAGUGGAGGUGCAGCUGGCUCUGUACAUGGGUCAGUCGCACGAUGCAGGGCGAUGCGCUUGUGCCAUGGUGCUGCUGGGGAAUGCAAACCCUCUGCUGCGCCACGUGGACCUCGCACGUUGGUGUUUCACGCGUUUUGGUGUGAGGCCCGACCGUUCGACCAUUGGUCGCGUUCUCAAAGGCGCCGCCCGAUGGCACGUUCCUGAUGACGCCGUGGACGCCAUUCGCGUCCGCGGCGGGGCAUACCCCGAACUGGAGCGCUCGAUGGCACGCUGGAUUUCAAAUGCAGGCCCCGCUGGCGUCCCUCUCACCCUCGCCACUAUUCGCGACCAUGUUGCGACGAUGGCGCGUGCGAACGGCGCUCCGCCGACUUUCCGUUGCUCCAUCGGCUGGGUCCGCCGUGCGCUGCGCCGCCAGGGAGUACAGUGCAUGAGCGCGGUCGGCGAGGCGGCCGACCAGGAUCUGAACGCAGUGCGCACCACUAAGGAGAAGCUUCCUCAGCUUCUCAUGCAUCUCGGCGUGCGCCCGCGUGAUACUUUCAAUUUCGACGAGACUGCGCUGUACAUCAGCGUGCUUCCUCGCAAAACGUACGGCACGGGCAGGUCGGCAGGGCGGAAGGUUCCGAAGGACCGCCUUACCGUCGGCUUCUUGGUUAAUGCGGACGGGACGCACGCAUUCCGUCCGCUUGUCAUCUCCAAGGCUAAGCGGCCACAUGAUUUCAGGCCGGACUUCGACCCCGAGGAGUAUUGCUACUGGCGCAACACCGCUAAGGGGUGGAUGACCAAAGCCCUCUUCACGCACUUUUUUGAGCAGCUGGACACCGCCAUGUACGCAGAGGGCCGCCAAGUCGUCGUGCUGCUCGACAACGCGAGCAGUCACACCCUGACAACCGAGGGCGCAGAAACCGAGGACCUCUUCGGGUUCCGCACGCGAAAGCUCAGUAACGUGCGCCUCGUCUACCUGCCGCCGAACACCACCUGCUUCACGCAGCCACUCGACCAGGGGAUGAUCGCCAUGACGAAGGCGCGGUACCGCCAGCACUGGCUCCGCGCCUUCACCGGCAUGUGGACUGCUGACGGCGCGACUUCCGCGGCGGCAAGGUUCAAGCCGAACCUCCGUCGCGUGCUGGAAUGGCUCCAUGACGCGUGGAUGAAUAUCCCGCACGUCACUAUCCAGCGCUGCUGGUGGCGCACCGAGUGCCUACCGCGGGCGUGGGCGAUGGAACUCCCGCACGUGGAACAGAGCGGCGACCCACAAGUCCAGGCUGGGGGUGACAUUGGCCUGGACGAGGAGUUGAACGACGUAGGCGUCUUAAUCGAUCGUCUCGGCCUCGGGCCGUCCGCGCUGCCUGCGGCAGAGUUCGUCGGAAUUGAUGACAACCAGCCGACGUGCGCCGAGCCGGACGAGGACCCCCUGGCGCGGGAGCCAGCGUCGGCGCAGACGGCGCAUAUGUGGGAGGCGCCGGCGGCGAUGCAAGCGGUGUACGACGAUAACAACCCUGCGACGCGCGAAGCUCGUCGCACUGCACGCGCCGCCUGCGAGAUGCUCAUUGGGUACGCGCGUGCGACGUGCAUCACGCCGAGGGAUUUGUGCGCGCUGUUUGACAUCCGCAACCCCAUGAUCAUCGCGCGGAUGGAGCGCGCAAGCCCGGCACUUAACCUUAACGCUACUCCCCCGCCAGCGCCGACACACGAGGACACCCCGCCGGCAGAGACUCCACGUCGCCGCGGUCGCCUUCUGCUGGCUUGGAUGACGGUGCCGACCCUUGACUGGGUUGCCCAAUCUGCUCGCCGGCAGGAGCUUAUCGACGCUGGCGCUCCCGCCGUGAUGAGCGGAUAUCUCGCUGCGGCAGAGUGGAUGAGGCUGUGA